UUUUGUAAACAGACUGACACAAUCGAUAUGAAUUUAGAAUGCAAUUUGCCUAAUAAUAAUUUCUUCAAGAAAUUAAAUAAUUUUUCUGUUUUCUUCUAAAAAAAAAAAAAUUACUCUAAUUUAAUUGCAUUCAAAAUGGUCAAGCGUUAUUACUGUGAUUAUUGCGACAGAAGUUUUAAGGACGAUCCAGAGGCAAGAAAAAAGCACUUGACGAGUUUGCUGCACGUCAAUGCACAAAAGGAUCAUUACCGAUUGUUCAAGGAACCGGAGGAAACUUUAAAAGAGGAACUAGCAAAAAUUACUUGUAAGAGAUUCUCUCUCAAUGGCGAAUGUCCAUUUGGCUAUAGUUGCAGAUUUUCUCAUUAUACACCAAAUAUGAUAGGGGAAUUAAGACAAAUUGUCGCCAUGAAGAAACAAGCAGAAGAAAAUCCGAGAAACAAUUGGCCGGAUCCAAAUGCAAUUGCUGAGGAAUAUUUGAAAACAACAACAAACGAUGAUAAUGAAAUGAAAAGCAUAAAAGAACCAUGGAAAGUACCUGUAGAAUUGCAACAUUUUCCCACCCUUCCACCUUCCCUGUGGCCAUUAAACUCACAUACAAUUAAUGAUCCCCCUGUCACACAAUGGGGAUAAAAUUUUUAUAUUUAUAUUACUGCUUAAUAAAUUAAUUUUUAUAAUAAAAAA